GUGAUCAUUGUUUUUUGGGAACAGUCAUUUGGUCAUAUGGCAAUAGUGGUGAUCAGUGAUUGGACGCAAAAUUUCGACUGAAAAUCGGUCAUUGAAACCAAGGUUAUAGUUUGAUUAGUCAUUGUGUACAGCUGUCAUCAGUAAUUGGCCAAUGGGAAAAAUUGUGAAUGGUUGCUGCCUAAAAGUUUAGCAGUAAUUGGGAAUAUUGUGCAGUAAGGCUUAACAUGCUAGUGGUCAGUCAAGUGCCCAUGCUGUCUCAGCUGUGAGUGUUGUUUUCAGCCCUACAGAUGGACAUGUCAUUGAAGUUUUACUGUGAGGUCUCAAAAGUUAAAUGCAAAAGCUCCAGCCGGUUUCCGCUGAAGGUACAGUACAGCAACGAGACGGUAAAAUGUCCGACGCCCUCGUCGUCACCUUCCAGUCUCAGCUGUCCAUCGUCAUGGAGACGAUUCUCAAGUCAGCUAUGAUUGAGAUCACCAGGCUGGUGGAGGACAGCUUCAUGGAGGAAGUGGCUCGUGGCAAGCAGGAGGUGGAACUGCUUUUGCACAGGCUGCAGUUUUCUGAGGGCAAACUGAAGGAGAGAGAGAAGAGGGUACGAUGUACAGACUGUGGGAGAGCCACAGCCAGUGGAGAGAGGAUCGCAGAGAAACCAGCAGAGACACUUGCAGGUGAAGAUGCUCUGUGCUUAAGGCUUAGCCUGAGGGAGCAGUCUGAGAAAAGGCCUGGUGAAGUCUGGAGGUCUACAGAGAGUCUGGGCUCAUACAGAACCCCUGAAACACACAAUGACAAAGAGAAGAACAUAAAUGCGCUUGAGAAAAGGGGGAAGCAGGAGUCCACGUCUAAUACGGAAGUGAAACAUUCUGAGUGCGACAACCGACCAGUUGUGAGGACCCAAGAGAUCUGUAGCAACCCCCAACCCAGAGAAAGUCAUUGCAAGACACCUGUUCUGGACUUCACUCCCACUAAAGACAUAGACUUGGCCCAGUCUCAAACCGCACAGUGUGCUACAGAGGAAGACAGGGUGGGUGAGUUGGCUCAGUCUCCAUCCUACGCCACUGUGAAAUCUGAGCACCGUCUCGAUCCGGUUGCUAUUAAGGAAGAGGAGGAGAUGCUCCCAGUGUGGGAUUGCGGAGAUGACUGCGCUCCUGCAGAAACAGACCAGAAUCUCGCCGGAUCCUGGAAUCCCGAUGAAACACAGGUAGAUAACUUUCCAAAUCUAACUGCUCUCAACAUGCCAGAUCCACCAUCACAUUUAAUGUCCUAUUCACUGAAUUGUAACACAGAGGUAUCACAAGGCAUCAAGGCUGAGCCUAGUGAGUCAGUCACCACAGAGCUGGUUCACCUUGCUUUGGCUCCCAUGCCUGAGGGACCCGGUUCAUUUGACCGGAAUGAAAAUGGACACUUGUUUGGUCCAGAAAGCCUUUUGAGUCAUCCAGAGCUUUGUUUAGGUGAGAAACUUUUCCUCCCCUUUCCUCAGAGCGAACAUUCCCUUCCAAUUCCCACUGAAAAAGUACACCCUGGAAAAUCCUUUGCUCAAAUGGCUCAGCUGAAGGUUCACAUGCUCAUGCACCAACCAAACAAACCCCAGAAGUGUCCCCAGUGCACCAAAACAUUCGCUCAUGAUUUUGAGCUGAGGGACCACCAAAAGCAGCACUCCAAAGAAAGGCCUCACAUUUGUCCCGACUGCGGCAAAGGUUUCACCCGCUUCAGCAAUUUCAAGCAGCAUCAGAACAUCCACACGCGCGAGAAACUCUUCAACUGCACCCACUGUGGCAUGAGGUUCAAAAGAUCCACUCACUUGAGAAUCCAUCUCAGGAGACACAGCCGAGUGGGGAAGAGUUGUCCUUGCCCUCAGUGCGGGAAGACAUUUGUGUGCCUCAAGCAGCUGAAGGGCCAUCUGCUGAAAGUGCAUGGAACGGAAAUGAACUGACUCUCACCUUCCAGGCCACUCAUCUCGGCAUGCAUGACCCGAGCGACCCCUUUCUGCCUGAGCCGAACCGCGCAUGUCUCAAAAUGAGCCAGUACAGAGAAAACAGAGUGAAUGAAGAAUUCUGAUGUAAAUCAAAAAAG